AUGGGUAAACCGAGCAAACAAAUGAAUAAUAUUAAUAAAAUUACAAAUAAAGAUGGUAUUAUCGUUGAAUCUAAAACUGAAAUUUGUAAUGAGUUUAACGACUUUUUUGUAAAUGUAGGAAAUAACUUAGAAAUAGAACAUAUAAAUUCUGCUGAUAUUUACUUUAACGAUAAAAAUCAGAGCAAUAACAGUAUUUUUCUUAAUCCAAUUAGUAGUGAAGAGAUUAGUGAGUAUAUUGAUAAGAUUAAAAAUUUUAAUUCAUAUUAUGAACAUGGUGUUUUCCCUUUAGCUUUUAAAAAAUGUAUUGUUAUUCCACUAUUUAAAUCAGGUGAUAAAUUAUCAUGUGGAAAUUAUAGACCUAUCUCACUUUCUUUAACUAUAUCAAACAUUUUUGAGAAAUGUAUCAAAAACCGUUUAUUAAAUUACUUUAAAAAGAAUUCAUUUUUCUCCAAUUCACAGUUUGGUUUUUUGGCUGGUUUGUCAACAAGUGAUGCUCUUUUUAAACUUGAUAACUUUGUUCGUAGACAUAUUGACAUUAAUUACAAAGUAAUGGGUAUUUUUCUAGACGUGCAAAAAGCCUUUGAUAGUGUAAAUCAUGAGUUGUUAUUAAAAAAGCUAGAAUAUUCGGGUAUUCGGGGAGUGCUAAUAAUCUAA